CCGUCAUCGCGCCCGUCUGUCUGCGCGGAUUAACGGCUCUGUUACAGCUCUGACUGCUUGCUUACUGGCGUUCACUGCAGCUGAGAGACGGCGGCAGGGAGGGGGUGGUGGUGGUGGUGGUGAUAUGGGGGAAGCGACAGGCUGAAAUCCACCGGAGAAACGAGCGGCGAAUGCGAAUGAUGGGGAAAGUAAAGAGCGACGACUGCAUUGAGGAUGGGCCAAUGGAGAAACUGCGGGACAAAUAGAUAACCAAUAAAAGCUCUCUGUUUCUGCAUCUCUACCUAAGGACCCCCCUGCAGGGAGAUGUUCAUCGUUAUGGGAUAGGAUGCAAAGGUCUGCCCGUUACCAUGGAUACCAGCACGCGAAAAUUCACAGUGCGGAGAUGGUUCUCCAUCUACCUGAAGAACAAGGCAGCAAGAAACAAGAACAGCACCGGCUUCUGUCAGCUAGAGGAUGACAGCAUACUGAAAGAGAUUGACAUCAGCCACCAUGUGAAGGAGGGCUGUGAGAAGGCAGAUCCUUCUCAGUUCCAGCUGCUCAAAGUGCUGGGACAGGGCUCCUAUGGAAAGGUGUUUCUGGUGAGAAAGAUCAGAGGAGCGGACAGAGGGCAGCUGUAUGCUAUGAAGGUCCUGAAGAAAGCCACGCUGAAAGUUCGGGAUCGUGUGCGGUCUAAGAUGGAAAGAGACAUUCUGGCAGAAGUGAACCAUCCAUUUAUAGUUAAACUGCACUAUGCCUUUCAGACAGAAGGGAAGCUCUAUCUGAUCCUAGACUUCCUCCGAGGAGGAGACCUUUUCACUCGUCUGUCAAAAGAGGUAAUGUUUACAGAAGAGGAUGUGAAGUUUUACCUUGCAGAGUUGGCCCUGGCUUUGGACCAUCUACACAGUCUGGGCAUCAUCUACAGGGACCUCAAACCUGAAAACAUUCUUCUGGAUGAAGAAGGACAUAUUAAGAUAACUGACUUUGGGUUGAGUAAGGAAGCCAUCGACCAUGAUAAAAGAGCAUAUUCCUUCUGUGGAACAAUAGAGUACAUGGCUCCAGAGGUAGUAAACAGGAGAGGGCAUACACAAAGUGCUGACUGGUGGUCGUUUGGGGUGCUUAUGUUUGAGAUGUUGACGGGAUCGUUACCAUUCCAAGGAAAAGAUCGUAAGGAAACAAUGGCACUUAUUCUAAAGGCUAAGCUGGGAAUGCCACAGUUCCUCAGUCCUGAGGUGCAGAGUUUAUUAAGAGCGCUCUUCAAGAGGAACCCUGCUAAUCGACUAGGUGCAGGACAAGAAGGAGUGGAAGAAAUAAAAAGGCAUCGCUUCUUUGCAUCGAUAGACUGGAAUAAGUUGUACAGGAAAGAAGUGAGGCCUCCUUUUAAACCAACUGUUGGAAGACCUGAAGACACUUUUCAUUUCGACCCUGAGUUCACAUCCAGAACACCAACUGAUUCUCCAGGCAUCCCUCCCAGUGCAAACACACACCAGUUGUUUCGUGGUUUCAGCUUUGUUGCAAGUAAUCAAAACCAGGAGCCCAGUGUUGCUACGGUAGCACCUUCUCGUCAGGAGGUGAACAACAUCAACCCCAUAGCACAGCAUCUCCGUGGUGAUGUGGCCUUCACUGAUGUUUAUGAGCUGAAGGAAGAAGUCGGACAGACUGCGACUUCUGUCUGCAGAAGAUGUCUGCACAGAGUUACUGCUGUGGAGUAUUCAGUGAAGAUUAUUGAGAGAGCGAGGAAAGAUCCAUCAGAAGAGAUUGAGAUUCUGUUGAGAUAUGGACAGCAUCCAAAUAUUAUUACCCUGAAGGAUGUGUUCGACGACGGCCAGUGUGUGUUCUUGGUUCAGGAUUUACUGAGAGGAAACGAGCUGCUGGACAGAGCUCUGACGGUGCCAAACUUUACGGAGAGAGAUGCAUCAGACAUCAUCUGCACACUGGCCAAGACUGUGGAAUAUUUACACUCACUCGGGGUUGUACAUCGAGACCUGAAGCCCAGUAACAUUCGCUAUUCUGAUGACAGCGGACGCCCAGAAUGCAUCAGGAUUUGUGAUUUUGGAUUUGCCAAACAGCUCAGAGCUGAAAAUGGCUUGUUGAUGACGCCCUGUUACACAGCUACAUUCAUGGCUCCUGAGGUUCUGAGGAAGCAGGGUUAUGAUGCAGCCUGUGACAUCUGGAGCCUGGGGAUCCUGCUUUAUACCAUGAUAGCUGGUUUCAGCCCCUUUGCCAGCAGUCCUGAAGACACAGCAGAGGAAAUUUUGGCUCAAAUCGGCAGCGGAAAAUUCAUUAUCACAGGAGGGAACUGGGACCUGGUGUCAGAUGCUGCCAAGGACAUUGUGGUUAAGAUGCUCCACGUGGACCCUCACCAGCGCCUGACUGCUCCCCAGGUUCUUCGUCAUCCCUGGAUUGUAGAGAGAGACCAGCUCUCUGACAGAGCUCUCACUAGACAAGAUGCACUCACUGUCAAGGGGGCACUGUCUGCCACCUACUCUGCUCUGAGACGCUGUGCUCCAACUCCUGUCCUGGAGCCUGUUCAGUCCUCCAGCCUGGCUCAGCGGAGAGGGAUGAAGAAACUGGGGAGUCCAAAAGUUAAUUCAGACCCUAAAGAGAAGGAGUAGCCUCAACAAUGUCACUGAAACUCAAAAGAAAUUAACCAUAGGCCUGUAUUAUUAAAAAUGUACUCUCAUUUUGAAAAGCACAAACCUUGUUACAAAGUGCUUGUAGGCCUAUAAACUGAAUGUAUUAGAUCAAAUAAACCAGGAGAUCUACUGAUAUUCAAGAGUAAAAUUACUCCCAAAAAGGACAGAGGCAGGGUGUGUCUAAAUAAAUCUCACCCCUAAGGUACUAAGCCCGAAAAUAAUGAAGCAGUUCACUAACCCUGAUCAGUUCAGUUCACUUUAGUUCACCUAAUUUAAAAUGUAAAUUUGAAAUCUUUAAAAUGACAUUUUUCAAUUUAUGAUACUGUUUGAUCAAACAUCCAGUCACGUGCACCUGCACAGAGAGCUCGACUCCGAAAACUGAUCAAAACUUUGGGUAACCCGCAGUUGGACUUUCAAGCUGUAAUUUUGACCCUGCCUUCCAGGCAACAUCUUCAUAGUCUGAUCAUGGCUGUUAAAUUGCCAGGAAUCAGACUGAUUUGUAGCUGAUAUUCAAAGCAAACACAUGGACAUUUACUUCUUUUUGGUCAUACAUGUUGGAGCUGUAGUGCAAUAUACCCAGUUACACUGUUACCUGCCUUGAUCUAUAUCUACAAAAGAUCCUGCAGCUGAAAGUGGAAGAAAUUAGUCUGGUCACUGAAAAAAAGCAGUAUUCUGUGCCACAAACGACAUGCCAAGUACUCAGUUUACUUUAGUUUUCAUAUUUAGCACACACAUGUAUGUCAACAGUUCAUGGAAAGGCACACAUUAAUACCGUCUUCCACAGUCAUGACUCUAAAAUAUAUUUGAAUGAGGCAGUGACACUUAGAUUAUAAUGUUCUUUGUCCAAUCAAUCUUCUGAUGCAUGUUAAAUAUGUAAAUAUCCUACCAAACUAAGGAAAUGAUUUCUUAAGUUAACAAUGCCAUUUAAGUCUUAUUGUUCAUAAUAUGCUUAAUCAUUUUACUGUAUGUAUUGUUGUCUUCCAUGUGUCACUACUGCACUUCCCAUAUUAGAUGAAACGUUUAGGUUUGCAGGUAUUUCUGUAGAACGUAGUUUGUCAUGUUUUUUUCAUAACAUAUUCAAAGCGUUACUGGAGGGCUUGCUCGUAAAUGUCACACUCACAGCAAAACACUUCAGCCUGUACUACUUUGUAUUAUUGAAUCAGCAUUCAGUGAGAUCAUUCAUCCAUCUGUGUGUGUGUGUGUGUGUGUGUGUGUGCUCAGGAGUGUCUGGCAGCUGCCGGUAGGCUCCUGUUUGUUGUUAGUGUCUGAAAGCCAAAACAUUCGAGAACCACUGUGUCAUAAGUUUGUAUAUACUGUCUAUUGCUGCUGCCCUGAUUGUAUCUAAGAAGUUGUACAAUCACAAAUACGAGGUAAGACUGAACAGCGGGUUUUGCAGAUAUGAGUAGCACACUUUGUGUUGUACAGUUUACCAGUAGGAAUGUACAUUAUGAUGCUCCACAAUUAAUACACAUAUUUACUGGUCAGAGGUAAAACAAAAUAUAUUGUGAUGUGUAACCAAUAAGCACUGUAGCAACAAUACAGUAAUUCUGUACAUACUGUAUUCUUUUUGCUGAUACACAAACUGUUAUGCAUUGUAUUGCACUGCACAACUGUAAGAGAUGGAGCUGGGACUGAUGCAACUAUCAGUAUACAGAUAAGCCUGUUGCCAUUGUGUUGUACAACCAUAAGUUUGAGGUGAAGCUGUAAAAACUGUAUUGUUUACUAAUUUAGAUUGUACAUACUGUCGUGCAAAGCCACCAGUAAAGAGGUUAGAUUGUGUGUGUAUGUACAUACAUAUAUAUGUGUAUAUAUAUGUAUACACACACACACACACACACACACAUAUAUAUAUAUAUAUAUAUAUAUAUAUAUACAAGUAAUGGCAAGCAGUAAUGCUGUAUAUAUUGUGUUUGCAGAUAUACUGAGACUGUACAUAUUAUACUGUGUUGUGCAUCCAUUGCUCAGAGUGUACAUACUGUCUAUACCUGGCCAAUCAUUGAAAUUAUUGGCUAGAAUG